UGAUUCAAGAAGACUGAAUUUCGUUCAGUGGUCGACGGGCGAGCAAAGAAAACGCAAUUAAGAUGCAGCUUGUGAUUUUAAUUUUCUGUGCUUUAUUGAACGUAGACAUUAUAUCUGGUGGAUUGUCGGGAUUCUACGUGGAUAGUGGAUUUGGUCAAACCGUGAUCGAGUCCUCGAUCACGAAUGACGAUAAACAAUCGAUAGAACAUGAAAUUCUACAAUUAUUGGGACUUCCGGAAAGGCCCACCAAGCGAAACGAGCACAUAUCGAUAAGGAAAUCGGCUCCCCAGUUCCUUCUAAACAUUUACGAAAAGCUAACGGACGGCGUCAACAGCAUUCACUCGCGUCACGCACGUAGCAUCGAUGAAGAUGACGAAAUACCAUUUACUGAAGUUGAUUCCAGAGCUAUCGAUCAAAGCGACAUUAUAAUGACGUUCCUGAAUAAAAAUCACCAUGUGCCGGAAGUUCGCCAUGAAAAGGGAAGGCGCUUGUGGUUCGAUGUCAGCGAAGCGAAACAAGAAGUGGAAAUUAUCAUGGCCGAGUUGAGACUCUACGUCCGCAACGAGCUGAGCAUUAUGCGAAAUAAUACUGGCAGUAUAACCAUUAUAAUCUACAGCAUCGAUAGUAUCAAGGGUGAGAGCGACCUGGUCAAAAUAUCUGAAACAACAAUAACCGCGCAUUACGGUGGUUGGAUAGAGUUUGACAUAACGCCAGCAGUUCUUAAAUGGACCAAAAAUCAGAAAUCGAACAAAGGCAUUUACAUUGGCGCAUACCUAAGCCAUAAUUUGGACAGAGAAAUUAAACUUGACGACAUUGGACUAAUAAAUACAAAGGGAGAUGAUAAGUAUCAACCCUUCCUAGUGGCGUACUGCAAAGGAGCACAAACCCUUAAGCCGGUACAACAUGUGCAGACCAGAAACAAGCGAAGUAUCCAGAAGAAACGGAAGACUAAAACUGAAAACAAAAAUCCACUUCUAAAUCAUCAGAUCGACCAUCACAAAAGCUGUCAAAUCAAAACCUUAUACGUAAGCUUUCGGGAUCUUAAUUGGCAGGAUUGGAUAAUCGCACCAGAGGGAUACAAUGCGUUUUACUGCAGUGGCGAGUGCAGUUUUCCGUUGAAUGCUCACAUGAACGCAACAAAUCAUGCCAUUGUCCAGACGCUAGUGCACCUUAUGCACCCUGGAAAGGUUCCGAAGCCUUGCUGUGCUCCAACUAAACUUAUUCCUAUAUCAGUAUUGUACCACAUCGAUGAAGCCAAUGUUAAUUUGAAAAAGUAUAAGAAUAUGGUUGUCAAAAGCUGCGGAUGCCAUUGAAAACGUGAACCCUUCUUAAUACACUAGUUUUAAUCUUGAACAAGUUGAUGGCAAAUCAAGUUUUAUUAUUUUUUAACAAAAUGGUGUUUGUGUGUAAAAAAAAGGAAAUAGUUUCUUGUGAACAUCAAAAAUGUAUAAGUACCUAAAGCAGCUUCUUAUCUUGACAAACGAAGAAACCAAGAUUUGAAAAAGUAUUAAAUUGUGAUAUGAUUAACUGCACUGGGCACUUGUAUCAUAACUUUAUUCUACUGUUUCGAAAUACAUAUAUAACUAAAUGGUGAUUCACAAUUCACUUUUAAUCGAAUAUAUUGGAAAUCGAUGGAAGCAAUAAAAGAGUGUUAUAUAAAACACA